AUGUCGUACCAGAUCAAGGAGAUCCAGACAAAGCCCUACGAUGGCCAAAAGCCGGGCACAUCAGGUCUCAGAAAGAGGGUAAAGGUGUUCCAGCAGGAGCAUUACACGGAGAACUUUGUUCAAGCCAUCUUCGACUCAAUCGAACCGAAAGGCGCGACGCUUGUUAUCGGCGGUGAUGGUCGCUACUACUCGCCUGAGACAGCGCAGGCCAUCUUGAAGAUCGGUGCAGCCAACGGCGUCGCGAAGUUCAUUGUUGGCCAGGACGUUAUCCUGUCUACUCCUGCCGCGUCGAACGUCAUCCGAAAGUAUAAGGCAAACGGUGGUAUUCUCCUCACCGCGAGCCACAAUCCCGGUGGACCCAACAACGACUUUGGUAUCAAGUACAACGUGUCAAAUGGCGGCCCCGCGCCAGAGAACGUGACGAACAAGAUCUACGAGAAGAGUAAGACAAUUUCGAGCUACAAGCUGAUCGAUCUGCCGGACCUUGACCUAUCCAAGACGGGCACAUUCUCUUUCGGACCUGCGAAGGUCGAGGUCAUCGACUCAGUGAAGGACUACCUCGAACUCCUCGAGUCGAUCUUUGACUUCCCACUCAUCAAGCAAUUCUUGCUCGAGCGCGCCGACUCGUUCCGCGUGCUCUUCGAUGGUCUUCACGGCGUAACGGGACCAUACGGACGUGCGAUCUUCGUCGACACCCUGGGACUACCGGCAUCGUCCGUACAGAACGAUAAGCCCCUGCCUGACUUUGGCGGAGGACACCCGGAUCCCAACCUGACAUACGCGCAUGACCUCGUUGAGCGUGUUGAGCGCGAGAACAUCCCUUUCGGUGCUGCGAGCGACGGCGAUGGCGACCGCAACAUGAUCUAUGGCAAAGGCGCAUUCGUGACACCGAGUGACAGUGUCGCAAUCAUCGCCGACUGGGCAGCGGAGGCGAUCCCGUACUUCAAAAAGGGCGGCGUCAAGGGCCUCGCACGCAGUAUGCCUACGAGUGCCCAGAUCGACUACGUCGCGAAGAAGAAGGGCCUGGAAUGCCACGUCGUGCCUACAGGGUGGAAGUUCUUCGGAAACCUAAUGGAUGCAGGCCGACUAUCGAUCUGCGGUGAGGAGUCGUUCGGUACAGGUUCGGACCACAUCCGGGAGAAGGACGGCGUCUGGGCUGUCGUCGCCUGGCUCAACAUCUUGGCGUACGCCAACAAGCAGUCGCCGAACAAGCUCAUCGGCAUCAACGAGUUGCUCCAGCAACAUUACGAGGUGUACGGCCGCUCGUUCUUCUCGCGUUACGACUACGAAGAGGUUUCCUCGGACGGCGCGCAGAAGCUCGUUGACCUGCUCGACGAGCACAUCAAGACGGGCGACCUCGCAGGAACGAAGCACACGUCCAAGUCUACUGGGCAGACGUUCAUCGUCAAGGACGCGUACAACUUCGACUACACGGACCCGAUCGACGCCAGCGUGUCGAAGAACCAGGGACAGGUCGUGCGCUUCGAUGACGGUAGCCGUGUCGUCUUCCGACUGAGCGGCACUGGUAGCCAAGGCGCGACGGUGCGUAUGUACGUAGAGCGGUAUGUUGCGGCGGACAAGGGUGCGGCGGAGCUCGCCAAGCCAACGACGGAAGGCCUGAGCGGUCUCAUCGAGGUUGCGCUCGAGCUCACGAAGUUGAAGGAGUUCCUGGGCCGUGACAAGCCUACUGUCAUCACAUAAGCAGAGGGACGGAAAUGAAUGGAAUGGAGUAGAAACUGGACGGUAUAACAAUUUUGUAAAUGUAGCAUCCGUAUUCGACAGAGUAAAGAAAGCAUAGUUUGAUUCUGGUCAUCUGUUUA